GUUUUGAUUGCAUAAGUUCAACAAGAAGAGAGAAUUACAUCUAGAUCUAGUUAUGGUUGACGUUAUUGAAAAUCCCAUUAAGAAAAGUCUAACAACGACAGAAACUCAAACAUAAACAGAUGAGUCCGUUCUACAUAUUUCGGUUCAAUUUGCUGUUGUUUGCCAUGCUGAGAUGUUCCAGGGGACGGAACCCGAAGAAUACAGUGACCAUCAAUGUACAACUGGACAAAAGCCUCCACUAUGUAGACAAGUUGUUCGUGGCCAACUCCAUGCCUCAUAAGCUACUGAAAUGGAAAAGCAUUCGUUUCGGGGAUGAGAAGUUCCGAAACUUGUGUAAGAACUUGGCCCCAACAUCAGUCCGAGUUUUGUUCAACCCGCUGUUCUCACACCAUUCUAAAAACAAGAGGAGUAAGCCAAAGAACGACCCCAAAAAAGAAUGCCACACACAUGAUAUGACUGUGAAGCUUUGGGAACAGUUCUAUGACUUUAUUCAGUAUGUUGGCUGGCAACUGUCUAUCGACUUCACCAACAUUCACCGCACACCUACGAACGAAUGGAAUAGUGCUAAUGCCAAAGCUUUCUUAGACUAUGCUGAGAAGAAAAAAAUUCCGAUUCCAGACUUUCAGCUGGGUAAUGAACCCAAUUUGUAUGAAAGCAACUUCGGAAUGAAAACUCAGACUGGUACCCAGACUGUGAAAGACUUUGAAAGUUAUCGAAAUUUGUUAAAACGAUACCCUAUGUACAAGGAUAGCACUGUUGUUGGGCCAGAGACCACGCGGCCAACAAGUUCACAUAAAUAUUUCAAUGAGUUCUUAGCCAAUGGCGGGUGCAAUGUCGUGGAUGAGAUUUCAUUUCACCAAUAUUACAGAAACAAAGAUAAAAACCUGCCAACUUAUAAAGAUUUUCUCAACGUAUCUAUCAUGGAGUUAUUAGUAGACCAGUUCACCAUGGCCAAAAAGUUGAUGGCUGACAAUAAAUGCGAAAAGCGAAUGAGACUUGGCGAGACGUCUAGCGUUUCCGGUGGAUUACCAAUCGUAGCCGAAAGUUUUGUGGCUGGAUUCUUGUGGCUAGAUAAACUUGGCCAGUCUGCGCUACAUGGAAUUACGCGAGUCUAUCGAUUUAACAUUUGGGGAGGGAGUUACUCUCUGCUGGACCGUGUAACAUUUUUACCUAAUCCUGAUUACUAUUUGACGUUGUUGUAUAAAAAACUGGUAGAAGGACACGUCUUUAAUGCGUCAUCAGACUCUCCUUACAUCCGGGCAUACGCCAACUGUGCCAAACCUCAAGGAUACAAGGUUGGUGCCUUGGUGAUUUACAUGUUGAAUGUCAAGGACGAGCCAGUGGUCAUCAAUCUACCACAGUUUGGUAGUCAAGCAAAAGACGUUUAUUGGUUUACUUCAGGUGCCAAAGAUGUACUAAGCCAAUGUUUUAAAAGCCCAUUGGCAACUUCAAAACUACGGUACUUUGUCAACUAUCCAGAGAUUCAGGGGAAUGAAAUCUUAGACUAUUUAUUUAAGAUGUUCCUUCAGAGUUGAAAACAACUACAUUCUAGCUUGAACGUCCCACAAGAAGAUGUGGGGUGGCAGCAGACAGGGGUCUAACCUAGGAUCAUGGAGACCACUAAACGAUAGUCCAGAGUGUAUAUGAUUGAUUGAGUAGACAAAGAAGGGAUGGAUUACUGAAGCUAAAAGAAGGCAUAAUUUAACAAUAGACUACUUUGGGAUAUGGAAUGAGAGAGGCUAUAGUGUUGAUUAUAUAAAUAUGUAGGUCUCAGCUGGGGCUGCACAGCCAUGGGAAAUACUGCAUUCCUAACUUAUCUUAGGACUUAUUAUAAAGUUUGUACAUUUUGGAAAGUGUUAUGCAAAAGUGAUUCUGUUCACAGCUGCCAUUAUCCAAGGACAUAUGAUUCUCUGGAGGCUUACAUCACUGGAAAAAGUCUUUGGGCCCCUGAAAAUUACAGUACAUGUAAUGCUGCAAAAGGAGGAGGAUGCUGGGCCAGGCACAUACAACUCAAUUUACUUCUAUUGGCUGGAAAUAUUUAAAGCAUGACAGUGGCGUAGGUAAAUUACCAAAUAGUGGAUCUUAUGUUGGAUUGAUCAGCCCUGAUGAACUGACCUGACCAUUGUAAUUGAAACCAUAACUCAUGACCACUCUAUCUGUAUAGGUCCUGGUAUACCCUGGGAUAAUGUUCACCCACAACUUUUAACUUGAAAUCUUAAAGGAAGUUUUGCUAAAGUAACAAGCAUGAAUGUCUGGUACAGUAAGAUAGGGUUAAUUGUCAACCUGACAUAAUGGUUCAUUCAUUGGGACAGCUAAUGUUUGUGUCUGACCAAGCAGUUCUCAAAUUAGGGCUUGAUGAAGUCUACAAACUGACCACUAUCUACUGGACAAAAAGGAUCAUAUUCUGACCCCCUCCCUCCCACCAUUUCCUCUGCCUUAUCUUGAUGACUUUGAAGGUAUACAAUUUUUGAGAAAAAAAUCACAAAAAAAAAAUUUAAAAAUGGAGGCGCGCCUAACCCUAACCCGAUUAAAUAAUAUGAGUACCUAAUUGGAGAUAUUUCUAUGGAUGUAGUUUGUAUUUGAUGUGAAAUAAUUCGUGAUGAUAUUUUAUGGCUGAGAUUGCCUACUUUCUGAACUAUUAUUUGAUGUAAUAAAUAUUUGUCUGACA